CUAUUGUUUAUUUUGUUUUUCGUCGUUUUUGGAUUCUGAUUUAAAUCAGCUCGCGGCGAAAAUCGGCAAAUUCUGAACAAGCGCGUGCUCCAUUUAAAUUCUAAGUGUAGGCAAAACGACUGGCAUUUAACGCACCCACCAAAAAAAAACCUAACUAAAUCAAGAGCUGCGAAUUUGUGGAUCCUCAAAAUGUGCGACGAGUCCAUUGAAAAUGUGGAGCAUCAAGACCACCAUGUGCACUUCGACACGAACACGGUGAAGGAUGACUUCGAAUCGGACAGCUGUGUGACAUAUCAAAGGUCGGGCGACACGAUUGUGGUGAGCCUGGGCUUUCUGCAGAUCAGACAUCGCUACCUGAUCGAACUGAAGCUGCCAACAUCGCUGUUCGGCGAUGCCAAGACGCUGGCCAGCAAGUUUGAGCCGGUGAUCAGCGCCACACCGAGUUUGCACUGCAGGAUCACCGAGUUCGAGGGCACCAAGCACGACGAACACGACUUUUUCGAGAUGAAAAUCGAGUUCUUUGCCUACAAGGAGAAGCUGCUGCGCGAGGUCCUUCACAUCGUCAGCUCAUCCAAUGCCAAGGAGCUGCUCCAGCUGGUGAUCGCCGCCCGGGUGUUGGGCAAGGGCAAGGGAACACCAAUGCUGCGGACGGGAAUCCAUUGCAUCGGCGUCGAGAAGGAUGACGAUGAGUCGGAGGCCUCCGAUUUCGCUGGCUUUGACAGCAAGCCCUAAGCUGGAGUCCCAAUUCACGCCUUGCCGGAACUUGUUUUCUUAGUUAAUUGCAAAUACUUGCAUAGGUUUUAAGUGAAGAAGGAGAGAAUGAUAUGUAACAUUAGUUAUUACCUACACAGUUAUUGUGUACGUAGAACUCAUUGAGCAUUUACAUUUAGAUUUCGGUUUCAGUUUUGCUUCUUGUACUUAACAUUUGUAAAAUAACCGUGUCCGUUUGAGUUGCACGUGAGUGGGCGAACUGCCAAUAAUACUUGACAUUUUGAUUGAUACUCAAGACCGUGUUAUGCCCAAAAUUCUUGAUUUCGCCAGUAAGUUUAAAAUGUUAAACAGUUUGUGGUCAAGUGAGUUUUGUCAUGUAUUAAAGCAAUCUAAAUCAUUUUAAAGUCAAUUUCAUGACCCUUUGAACAAUGGACAGUUUUAGUAGCCAAUUAAGUUUCGGCUUAAAAGUUUUUUAAAAUUUUAAAUAUCGCUGUACAUACAUAAAAUCGUAUUUAUUUAUAUUCCAUAAAAGUGCACCAUAUACAAACUAUUGUCACAAAAAUAUCUGUUUGAAAUAUAUCCUCAGAACUACACAGAGACCAAACUAUGGACCUUUUUCAAAUGUGUAUAGAAAUGUAACGCAAUCCGGGCAAUUAACUAACCCUACAGUAUGCGAAACCAGAUGCAAUUUAUUGUGUGACCAAAUCGAAGUGCUCGUAACGUAAAAAUUAUAAUCUUUACCGAAGCAAGAUAUUAAGAUAUUAAAUCUUUUUGACCAUAAUUAGCCCAGAUUUAUAGUUAGCGAGGGCGUUUUUGAUAAUCUAUUCAUGUUGAUAACAUUUUGCACUGUCGAAUGUAUAAAAGGCACCGUAACCAAUUAACUAGAUUUUGUAAAUUGUAAUCUUUAAAAAUCUGUUCAAGGAUAACCAAUUUAUUAGCAUAUGUAUUGGAUCCCAUUAUCAUAAAAAAGAAUACUAUUUAAGUUUAUGAAUUAAGCAACUAACGAGCUGCUUAAAAUGCCGUAAAUAAAAUUCGUUAAAAGACCCAGA